AGCAUGGCCUUCAAUGGCAAGUACGAGUUCGAGAGUGACAAGAAUUACAGCGAGUUCAUGAAGAGCCUCGGGCUCCCCAGCGAUGCUAUCGAAAAGGGCCGAAACUUCAAGACUGUCACGGAGGUGCAGCAGGACGGGCAGAACUUCACCUGGUCCCAGCACUACCCGGACGGCCGCUCCAUGACCAACAAGUUCACCAUUGGCAAGGAGUGUGACAUGGAGACCAUGGGGGGCAAGAAGUUCAAGGCCACCGUGCACAUGGAGGGUGGGAAGAUUGCGGUGGAGUUCCCCAACUAUCGCCAGACCUCGGAGAUCGUGGGCGACAAGCUGGUGGAGAUCUCCACCAUCAGAGGCGUGACCUAUGAGCGUGUGAGCAAGAGGCUGGCCUGA